GUAAUUAGGCACGGCAAAGAGAAAUAUGCUUUCAUUUUCUCUCACUUUCCCUUCCCUUUUCUUCAGUCCCAAACGUAUUCCCUUCCAGUCUCAAGCCAAGGCCCCCUCUCGAGAAUUUGAAUUAACGUCCAUUUUUGUCGAUCAGAGAGAACAUGAGCAACGAAUACGACUAUCUGUUCAAGCUUUUGUUAAUCGGAGACUCUGCAGUCGGAAAAUCAUGCCUCCUCCUCCGAUUUGCUGAUGAUUCAUAUGUAGACAGUUACAUUAGCACCAUUGGAGUUGAUUUCAAAAUUAGGACUGUGGAGCUGGAUGGAAAGACAAUCAAGUUGCAGAUCUGGGAUACUGCUGGACAAGAGCGAUUUCGGACUAUAACUAGCAGUUAUUACCGAGGGGCACAUGGCAUCAUUAUUGUCUAUGAUGUGACUGACAUGGAGAGCUUCAACAAUGUCAAACAAUGGCUGAAUGAGAUUGAUAGAUAUGCAAAUGACACUGUAUGUAAGCUUUUAGUUGGGAACAAAUGUGAUUUAGUCGAGAACAAAGUUGUGGACACACAAAUGGCAAAGGCUUUUGCAGAUGAGCUAGGGAUUCCUUUCCUCGAGACCAGCGCGAAGGACUCGAUCAAUGUGGAGCAAGCUUUCUUGACUAUGGCUGGCGAGAUCAAGAAAAAGAUGGGGAACCAGCCAAGUGUAAACAAGUCAGGAAGCCAUGUUCAGAUAAAGGGGCAGCCAAUCCAACAGAAGAACAAUUGCUGUGGUUAAUUGCUCCUGUUGUGUUGUACUUCCGGUUUCAAAGGAAGUAGUAACCCAGUUAGCACCUCUCUGUUGACUGAACUGUUGCAUAUGGAUCUGUAAGUGUAACUGUUUCCAUCCCAGCUUUUGUGUUUUAUCCAGUCUUUCUAGUCACUGUAUCUUAUUUAUCUGGUGAAUGAGGGAAUGGGAAGUCUUAGUAUCGUAUUAAGUGCACUGCAGGCUUACUAUCGUAUUAAGUGCAUUUCAGCCUUCCAAA